GAUCUUAAAAAAGAAGGUUCGGACCUUUCCCUCCCUCCUCCUUGAUGGGGAUCUGGAGAAGGGAAAGAAAAUCAGAAGCAAGGAAUGGCAUCAUGGAAUUGGAUUCCGCUCGAAAUAGCAUACGAAAUUCUGGGUUGGAUUGCUUUUGCUUCUUGGGCAAUUGCUCUUUACCCACAAAUCAUUCUUAAUUUCCGAAGAAAAAGCGUAGUGGGGUUGAAUUUUGAUUUCGUCGUACUCAACUUGACCAAACACUCCUCGUAUCUCGUUUACAAUGCUGCCCUUUAUUUUAGUUCCACUGUCCAAAACCAGUAUCUCCUCAAGUUUGGCUCCGGACAGAUGAUACCGGUAGCUGCAAAUGAUGUUGCUUUCUCAAUUCAUGCUGUUCUCUUAACAGCAUUUCUGUUGUUCCAAAUAGCAAUUUAUGAAAGGGGAGGCCAGGCUGUCUCUAAGAUUAGUCUUUUGAUUCUCUCUGUUGUGUGGUUGGUUGCUGGAGUUUGUAUUUUUCAUGCUUUGCCAACCCAUUCCUGGCUUUGGUUGAUCUCUGUCUUUAACUUCAUUGCAGUGUUUUUGACAGCCAUCAAAUAUACUCCUCAGGCAUUCAUGAACUUCAAGCGGAAGAGCACCGAUGGAUUCAGUAUUGAAUUUAUUUUAUUUGAUUUUUCUGGAGGAGUAGCAAAUUAUGCUCAGAUGACUGUACAAUCCAUAGAUCAAAAUUCUUGGGUCAAUUUUCAUGGAAAUAUUGGGAAGAUACUUCUAGCCUUGAUAUCUAUAUUCUUUGAUCUUAUUUUCAUGUGCCAACAUUUCAUUCUUUAUCGGCAGAAGAGAGUAGCCAUCCCUUCUAACAUCAAAGAAAAAGAAUCACUUGUCAAGUGUGUUGAUCUACAAAUGAUUCCUUCUAAAAACAGUGAGGAAAAACAAUCACUUAUGAAGUGUGUGGAUUCAGAAAAUGUUUAGGAUUUUGCAGUUUACAACUACUGUAUAUUUGAAGUUUUGUUACAAUAUUAUAUAUUUUUUUAAAUAAAUUAAUUGUUGAUAAUUUAUGAUAAAAAAA